AUGGCGCACAGGAAAGUUUGCAGGCCCUUCGUCCUGCUCUUCCUCCUUCUCCGAGCCGAUGCCAUCGUCACGUUGGCAAUCUCCCCCACGAACCCCGUGUCUUUGCUCAACGACACGAUCAUAGCUCCAGCGUCAACGCCACUUGCAGGACUCAUCUCUCAGAACGCGACCUCACCGAGCCUCAGUCAAAACAUGAUCGACUACCGCAUCGUCGGCACGCCCCUCGUCCUCCGCAUCACCGAAACCGGUCAGACUUUGAGCCAAAGCUCUGUGAACCGAGUCAUCGACGCCGCCAUCCGCCGCAUCGUUGGGAAAAUCAACAGCGGCGCUGGAAGCAAACCCAUAGACGGGGGCAAGUUCUGGCAGUCGUCUUCCGAUAUAGAGGUGCGCUUGAACGCGAUAUCGGAUGGGCAACUUACGUAUUUCUUGUUGGGCGAUGCCAUUGCAGGAGCCUGGCAGUACAUGAACGAGCCAUGGAGUAGCUUUCGGGAGAUCGUCUUUGAUAUAGUGCUUGCUAGCAAAGGUUGGGACUACAUCGGGUAUGGCCGUUUUGCCAAGUACGGGCCCUUUCCUCCUCCACCUCCUAGCCCAUCUUCUUCUUCUUUAAGCCGGAGCACAAACCCUGCGCCGAACGAUAUCGAGUAG